UCCAGUUUUCCAUACGCUCAGUUGUGCCCGCGGUCAAGGGAAAAUCGCAGCCGAGCACUUCCUCCGAGCGAAGCCAAAAAGAAAUCAGGAAAAUACUUAGCGAUCUGUGAAAAAUCCACAAGAUGACCAAAGUUGAGCUUUACAAGUCGCGCGUCUUUGUGACAAUCAUACACCUGUGUGCACUGGGCCAAUUCGCCUAUGGACUCUACUACAGCUCCUUCGAGAUCCAAAGGAGCUACAAACUGAAGACGAGCCUCAAUCGCCGCCUGGUCCCCGAAUCGCUGCCCCAGAAAAUCAAAUUGCUGUCCUACUGGUCGUUGAUAAUUCAGGCACUGUACUAUAUUGUAUCGCUGGUCAACGAUUUCGUGGGCACUAAUGAGCUGACACCCAAGAAACCUCCGGCGGUGCGCAGGUUCAAGGACUGGCUGAUGGCUACAUUGGCCUUUCCAGUGGCUAUCAACGUGGGCGUGACCUUCUGGACACUGUACGCUAUCGACAGGGAGCUGGUCUUCCCCAAGGUGCUGGACCCCGUGUUCCCCAGCUGGCUCAACCACGUCCUGCACACCAACAUAGUGGUUUUCAUCGUCCUGGAGCUGUUCAUCUCGUACAGGUCGUACCCAAAACGAAGCCAAGGACUAGCAGGACUGGCCAUUUUCAUGGGCGCCUACCUGGUUUGGAUUCACGUGGUGAAGCACUACUCGGGUGUCUGGGUGUAUCCAGUGCUCGAGGUUCUCCAGCUUCCUCAACGCAUCCUGUUUUUCGCGGCCGUCGUUGGAUUCACGCUGUCACUUUACCUGCUGGGCGAGUUCCUCAACAAUACCGUCUGGGCCAAGGAAGUGAAAUUGGCCAAGCGCAAGUCCAACUAGGAGUAGGCUGUGACCCGUUUCUGUUCGAUGUAGUUGCGUUAAUUAGACACAAAAUACAAAUAGUGAUUGACAGGUCUCGAUUAUACAUUUUGCUCAUAUUGUUCGAUCUUCUCAGCCAAAGAAUGUAUUUAUAAGUAUGUGUGUACAAUCGUAUUGCAAAGCUGACUGAAGAAGGCGUACAAAAUAUGUGAGAAAUAAUAAACGAAACUUGCAACAUCAACUCGAUAAUAUAUUUUCCAGUAAUAUUGAA